GUCUGGAGUUGUCGUUUAUAUAACUGUCAAAAGUCAGGCCGAGGCAGGCCCACCCGCCCGCUUGGAGGGAGGCGUGGUACCAACGAAGCCAAGCAUGAUAAAAGAGCUAACUAUGUCCAUUCAUGUUCAGACCUGACGCCUCUGCUUUGCCCCAAACGCGCUGACCAAGCUAACCCGGAUGGCGUACUCCACCGGGACUCUGGCACAAGGCUGCUUCGGCAAAGUGUACCGAGAGAAGUACGACGACACCUGGGCCGCCGUUAAGAAGGUUCCCCAGCACCUCAUCAGCAGGAAGGACCUGGAGAGAGAGUGCGCAGUGUACAACAAAGCCCGUCACCCAAACAUCGUCAAGCUUCUGGGUGACAUCAAGGUGAAAGAUGCCAAAUGGAUCAUUCCGCUCGAGUUCAUCUUCGGCGAGGACCUGGAGACCACCAUAUUUAAGUCGGCAAAAUCCAAAAUACAGCUGACGCCAACAAAUCGAGGCAAAAUCAUCGUGGGCAUGUGCGAGGGCCUUCUGCACCUCCACUCUUAUGAUAUUGUCCAUCAAGACCUCAAGCCUGAAAACAUCAUGGUGGAACACAACACAAACCGGGCCGUGAUCAUCGACCUGGGCCUGGCCAAGUUCUUCCGGCGCGGCCUCAACUCGGCCGUGGACAUGGGCAACGAGGCUUACUCGGCCCCCGAGGUGCUGCAGCGCCACAGCCAGCGGGACCAGCGCUCGGACGUGUGGGCCAUGGGCAAAAUCAUCGCCGAGCUUUGCGCCCGCGUCCGGCUGCACACCCCCAGCGUGUGCCCGGCCAAAAUCCAGGAGGUGAUGGCCAAGCAGCCCUACUGCCAGGCCGUGUGCAGGAUGGUGGAGAGCAACCCCAACCUGAGGGCCUCCAUGGUGGGGGUCAUCGGCGACAUAAAGAGGGCGCUCGGAAGUCCGGGGCUCCUAGCGCCGCCGCAGACCCAUGUCAGGAACCGGUCGGCAUCACCGGGUCGGAGGGGAGCGUCACCGGGUCAGAGAGGAACGUCUCCAUACAAUGAGCGGCAAGCACACUCUCCAAUAAACAAGGGUGGAUCCCCGCUGGGGUGGGAGCGCACCCCUCGACCGGACAUUCAAUUCGUCCACUGCGGCCCCAGACAACCGCGUUCGCUCUCACCGCAGAGGAUCCAAGCAGGUGGCGGCGGCGCACUGGAGCUGUCCAAGGACAUGAUGAAGAUGGGCUUGUUCCAGGAUGCCACCCACGGCCUGCCACGCCAGCUGCCCACCACCGGCCGAGUGGUGGUGCGCUGCUUCGAGGAGAAGAACGGAGAGGUGGGGAGUUGGGCACAGAAAGAAGUGGUCAUGCGCGACGGCAAGAUCGUCAAGUACAACAACGUUACAUUCAACAGCUCAUAGUCGAUGCAAAUGAUCACCUUUCAAUCUUAUUACAGUAUAUCACCAAAGAAGCACCAAUGACUGUGAACCAGUUAGCUCUUUUGUACUUUCGGUUGUAUUUCUCGACAGGGCAUCGCUUUAACCAACCUGUCAUGUUUUUGCUGCAGGGAAACGCUUCUGCCCCCCUUUUUAGCCCCUGCUGAGUUUAGAUGUCAACUUUGGGUUUGUAUUCACUGAAAAAUCUGCUGGUUUGCAUACGGCUCUCAACAAAGGAAUGAUAUUUCGGCUGGAUAAAAAGUGACAUUUCUAUAUAAAUGUGAAAUAAGAUAAGAUAAAUAUAAAGUGCAGCAGUGAAGGAAACAAAAACAGUAUUUACAAAGUGCGCAGAGGAAUGCUAAGUUGACUGUUCGACAGUCUGACGACAGUAGUGAAAAAAAAGUGGUGUUUUGGCGCCGUCUGGUGGCAACCUGGUGCCUAGCAAUUCUAAUUGUUGACUCGAGUCUUUGCCACUAAAACUUGUUGCAUUUCUAUAAAUAAAAAUAUGACCACGGUGGGAUUAAAGCAACCAUUAAAGCUG